AUGUGGAAGACUGAAUGCUGUGAGAUGUACUGGAGAGCUCGCGUCCUAGAAGCUUCACAAUCAGCGCAACCAUUUUUAUUGAUUUUUAAGUUUAUCUUCACAUUUGCAUUUUCUAGUCGUCAACAAGAAAUCGAAGAGAAACUAAUAGAGGAAGAAACUGCUCGAAGAGUGGAAGAGCUUGUGGCUAAAAGAGUGGAAGAAGAGUUGGAGAAACGGAAGGAUGAGAUUGAGCGAGAGGUUCUCCGCAGGGUGGAGGAGGCUAAGCGCAUCAUGGAAAAACAGUUGCUCGAAGAACUCGAGCGACAGCGACAAGCUGAACUUGCAGCACAAAAAGCCAGAGAGGAAGAAGAGCGUGCAAAGCGUGAGGAACUAGAACGAAUACUAGAAGAGAAUAAUCGAAAAAUUGCGGAAGCACAAGCUAAACUGGCUGAAGAACAAUUGAAAAUUGUUGAAGAACAAAGAAAGAUUCAUGAGGAGAGGAUGAAACUAGAACAAGAGAGGCAACGUCAGCAAAAGGAAGAGCAAAAAAUUAUCUUGGGCAAAGGAAAGUCUAGGCCAAAACUGUCCUUCUCACUAAAGAGCCAAGAUUAAAAUGCAACUCUGAACUCUUACAAGAAGAAAAAAAAAAAAACAUUUAAAAAACAAAACAAAAAAAAACAUCACCAACAAAAAAAACUUUGUAUGGUAGCUUCAUGUUGAAGUGUUUGUUUUUUUUUCUCUUUUUUUUUGUCUUUUUAUUUUUUUUUUUUUGAAAAUCUGGAAAGUUAGCUUGUUCUAAUAGGGGCUGUGCUCUGCAAUUCUUAAUUUUUUUUAAACUCCAUUAAGGUAAACCCUUAUCAGAUCAUUGUUGCCUUUUAGAGAACAGUUCUCAUACAUUGUUUCUGUAUUAGUGGUCUGAAGCAUAUCAGGCCACUAUGAAUUGUGAAUGAUCUGAUAAGGUUUUACAGACCUACUGAUCAGAGUUUGACUCUGAUAAUUGACAGAACUUUAUACUGGGUAUUGCUGACUCUUAAUUAUUUUUUUUAAAAGUCAGUGAAUACAUGAGUAAAUUGCCAUGGUAUUACUGGACCUCUGUGGCUUAUUGUUAAAUCAGUGUCCUAUGAUACUGUCCCAUUGUUGCGCUUGAUGUUCCUGAUACAGGUAAGGAAAUAGUUUGUCAUUUCUGCUAUGAAUACAUAGGGAGAGUUCAGUAUUGUCUCUGUUAGAUUUGUUUUUAUUACAUUGACAGCAUUCAACCAGCGUUCCCCAUUGUGUAAAUAAACCAAUUUGCUGAAUAAAGUGAAAGUCUUAAAUUCAUAUGUUUAAGUAAAUUUUUUUAGUACACUUCUAUAAACAGCUAUAAGAAUGACAAUUCACCUUAUUAAAUGCAAGACUAUAGUGGUAUAUUUUUAAUUUAGCUUUAAACUAUUGUGGCUUCUCCUACUUACAAUGCAAAAUUACACACAGUAAAAAAAUCCCUGCAGUUGUGAAUGUUUUUGAUGGCUGCUGCUGUUUUCAUGAACGUUGGUUUUGUUGUGUUUCUUCCUUCUGACAGAUACUUAUUUCAGCCGUAUUAUCAUGUUUAAACAGCUGUAUGGCUUAUUGCACCUACACCAAUACCUAAAUAUCGAAUCCCCUUCAGUUUACCUCAUAAAAUAGUAUACUGCUAUAAGUUAAUAUCAUUACCGUAUAAUGAGUCAGAUCCUAAAGGAUUUAGAAAUUGAAGGGUUUUUUUCCCCAAAAGGAAAGCAGAAACUAAGAUUCUGUUUAAAUAAAUUGUUUUAGCAGACUGCAAAUGCAAGCUCGUGUACAAGAUCUUGAAUGUUAUCCACUAUUUUGAAAAAUGAAACAAUAGAUUGAAAAUUAUAUUAAAAAAUCCCCUUUUUGUAUACAACUCUUUUACCAGAACCUGAAUUACUAUAGCUUGUCCACCUCUGAAACUUCUACCAGUAUGUAACAUCUGUAGUAUACAUAAAAUGAAAGAAAUCAGUAGUUGCCUGCAUUUGAACGUUGCUGGAUAAAGAUGGAAAUAAUUCCUGAUAUUCUCUACGGAUCUGUUUCUGUGGAUUUGCCAAAUGAAAUGUAAAGCAAGUUGAGUGUGUCACUGACAGCAGCAUUCAACAUGCUUUGUAUGAAACCUGGGCUUUGGGGUAGAUGGAUGUGUAUCACUUUGUCCACUAUGUCAAGAAAAAUGCAAAGACAGUAAAAUAUCUACACUUCAACUGUA